AUGUCCCCAGGUCAUCUACCCCUGUCAUGUCAUCUUCCCCCUGUCAGCUUCCCCCUGUCAUCUCCCCCCUCUCAUCUUUCCCUCGCAUCCUCCCGUGGUUGUUUGGUGGCCCAACCCCCCAAUGAUGGCAUCUCCAGCAUGUGCUUCAACCCCAAGGCCAACUUCCUCGUUGCCACGUCAUGGGACAACCAGGUGCGGUGCUGGGAGAUCCAGGGCAACGGAGCUAGCGUGCCCAAGGCAGGAACAGCACAUGAUCAACCUGUGCUCUGCUCAGCGUGGAAGGACGAUGGCACGACCGUGUUCUCAGGCGGCUGUGACAAGCAGGCCAAGAUGUGGCCGCUCAUGUCUGGGGGAGCGGCGAGCACAGUGGGCGUGCACGAUGCUCCUAUCUGCAAAAUGGCGUGGAUUGCUGAGAUGAGCCUGCUCGUCACCGCCAGCUGGGACAAGACGAUUAAGUACUGGGACGCGCGCCAGGCCACCCCCGCCCACACACAGGCACUACCCGAGCGGCCGUACGCGCUGAGUGUGCGGCAUCCUCUCAUGGUGGUGGCCACUGCUGACCGCCACAUCAUCGUGUACAACCUGGCAUCCCCGCAGACGGAGUACAAGCGGGUGAUCUCGCCCCUCAAGUACCAGACGCGCUGUGUGGCGACCUUCCCCGACAGGAGUGGGUACCUGGUGGGGUCAAUAGAGGGGCGCGUGGCCGUGCAGCACGUGGAGGAGAACCAGCAGCAGAAGAACUUCACCUUCAAGUGCCACCGGGAUGGGAAUGACAUCUACGCGGUUAACUCCAUUGACUUCCACCCGCAAUUCGGCACGUUCGCAACGACGGGUUCUGAUGGGGCAUACAAUUUCUGGGACAAGGACAGCAAGCAGCGCCUCAAGGCCAUGCAGCGCUGCAGCCUGCCCAUCUCUUGCAGCGCAUUCAACCACGACGGCACCAUCUUUGGAUAUGCUGUGAGCUAUGACUGGAGCAAAGGGGCCGAGAACCACAACCCUGCAGUCAACAAGAACUACAUUCUCCUCCACGCAACCCAGGAAAGCGAAGUGAAGGCUAAACCGAAGUCAACGACCACCACUACGAGAAGAUAG